CGGUGCGGUGUCCGUCAACCCGUCUGUCAUCACGCUUUUUCUCAGGACCCAUGAUAGCUAGACAGUUGAAGUUUUCACAGUAAGUCAGUACAAUAUCUAAAUUGUACCCUUGUGUAGUCAUUAAUUAUACGGCAGACGUUACUACAACUAUAAGUAGAUAAUGAAAAGGAAAAAAACACUAAAAUAUUAAUAAACGUCGAGGUAAAGCAACGAUCGUUGGGGUCAUAACUUUGUUGGUAUCUUAUUUUUCUAAAAAAAUUGUAUAAACUAUUUGUACGGGCCCUUAGUGUCGCAAGUGCGACUCGCACUUGUCCGGUUUCUUACAAGACUUUUUUCUGAAAGAUUUGCCUUUUGACUUUAUUUUCUGUCAGAGGUUGUCAUUGUAAUAAUUAUUGAUUCUUAGGAAUUGUCUUUAUAUUUCAAUAAAGUCUUGUAAUAUUUGCCAAUGGCUACGCGUGUGGUUAAGCCUCCUCCUCUCGGUAAAAUACGUUUGGCGUCUCCCAAAGAUGCUCCGGAUAUACUAGUCUUGCUAAGUGAUUCGAUAUCUCUGAACUUCAGGGUCAAAUGUACAUUUGACAUCACAUAUCUCAUUGAAAAUUGUGUACUUGCGCUAUGUCAAUUGGACCCCCAAGGUGCGAUUAUCGGGUUCUUAGCGGCAAGAGAUUAUCCACUGGUGCCAGCUGUGCAUCCAUCAGCAUGGGAGGAAUACGUGUGGGCGAAAUACAAAGUUCCGGAAAUGAAUGCUAGAAAUACAUUGUUCUUACAUCUGUUAUGUUGGAACCCGGCGUACGGAAGAGAGACGGUCGAUAGCAUGCUCAAGUCUGUGUUUAUGAACGAUCAAUACCUUCUACACAUCGCUAUGAUCAAAUCAUUAAUGAGUCACUCGCAAUUAAUACCUGGUCAUGCUCGUUCGGAGGCAUCAUUUAGACGCGUGACGGCGGCAGAACGCGGUAUGAACAGUGACCAAUUGCCCGUACUCUGCAUCGCUGACCGAAGUGAGGUCUGCCCGCGUCUCAGGAUUAGAAGAGCUGUAGAAGAAGACAAUGACGACCUAGUGCCAAUUAUUGAACAACAUUCAGAUCGCUUGCGACAGAUGUACGGAGAGUUUUACAUAAGCGAAUUGAUAUCUAGGCAUCCUGAGUCUGAGCGGGUGUUACUGGUUUGUGAGCAUAGCGAGUUAGCAGUUGGAAUGAUGUGCCUAAACACACAGAUCAAUUAUCAAUCCUUAGAAGAAAGUUUUGUCUUAUCACCUUUUGGUGGAUUAAGGCAUUUACAGGGCUCGCAGCUGCCGAAGUUUCCGGCAAAAGAGGUUGAGUCCGCUUACAGCCUUUUGGCAGAACCGCAUUAUACGGAUUCAUUUUUUAAACAGCAGCAGGAUAUGAAAUCCAGGGUAACAUGGGUGUUUGAAGCUGAUGAAUUUAACGAGUUCCGAAGUGUAGGAGCAUCAACUUCUGCCAACCAAAAGAAGGUUGCUGAACCGUUUGAGAAAGAACUCCAUAAAGCUCAACUCGAAAUACUUGAACUUUUUGAUGACGAGGAAGAAGAGGCAUUUGAAUUUGACAUCGUUAAUAUCGAUAAUUUUCUUUUGAGAGUGCCUGAGAUGCUGACUUUGGAUACUGAAAGAGGACCGGCACACAACAUAAUGAAUAUAAUAAGCGGGAGGAAAGACUCUUCUAUUCCCGAGGGAGGAAGAAGAGAGAGAUCUAAGAGUAGUAGGAUGUCUGGAGGUGCAGGGGCAGCUUUCAAGAUGCCUGAACCUAUAAGAUAUUCAGGAACACCCAAUGCCUUUCUUCUAGAGCUUUUUGCUAUUCACCCAAAUUAUGACGAAAGGUAUGGCUAUGACAUGCUUGAAACGGCCUUCGAGAUGUUUCCUGACAGGGAUUAUUGCAUCAUGUGUCUCCCCUCGAAUCAUCCCCCUUUUCCACUUCUAGAGCAUUUCACGCUGGUGACACCGUUUGGAAGUAGCAUGAGAUACAUAAAUGAAACGUUGUACGUUGCACAUGUGAAUUCUGUGAAAGGAAAGCUGUCCGUCCGCCCGGGCGAGGCGGUUGACACGAUUGCUUUGAACGAUGUCCUGGAGCAUGCGCCCCGCAUUGAGACUUUACUUGCCUUAUUCAAAUCUACCCUGAAGUCCUAUACUCUUCAGUCCUUUAUAUUACUCAGCGAAAAUCAACCUAUAGGACUUAUUAUUAUCGGUCCAUUAGAAGAUGGUACAGCAAUACGAAUGCAGUAUGACUUGGAACCUGAAGCUCGUCGCACGGGCACGGACGGUACGAUAUUAGCCGGUGUGAUGUCGCCUGCGUUCCUGCCCCAUUCGCGCUGGUACAUGAGGGAGAUGCUACGACAUUCCAGAUAUUCCACUCUCUUCUGGAUUUGUAGGCUCUUUGCUAAAGGUGACGCGUGUCCGACCCGUAAUUUAAUGUCGUUAGCUGGUUACAUGUCUCCGGUGCAUCCACGACACACUGUACCUAAUAUUAGUGGAAAUAAAGAUUUGAACAAGAUAUUUGCAGAUUUAGCAAGCCCAUUUGCAUUAUGGGUUUUAGAGCGCCCUUUGACUAGUAUGCCCAAAGUUUUUGUGAACGUCAACAUAGUGGUGGUCGGAGCCAGUCGGACAGGACUUGCGUUUCUUGAAACGCUACUUAUGGGUCCAACAUCGCAGUAUCUAACGUUUUGUAACGUGACGCUGGUAUCGGAGCACGGACUGCCAACCGUGGUGGACUGCCUGAAGGCCGCAGACAUCUGUGUGCCGAGAGACGGACGCUACACCGACCGGUACAUCAAAAGCGUGCCUUUCUUCUACUACGUUGAUAUCAUAUCCGCUGUCAUGAUAAAGAUUGAUCGGAAGCGCAAAUGCAUCCAAUUCGGAGGUGGUGGCACAAAGUAUUACGACGAACUAGUAUUGACUUGUGGACAGCAGUUCCAACAUCCUGACUACUUGAAGGAAGCUUUGGGACUUGCUAAAGAAGUAGCAAAAGGUAAACCCUGCGAUCGAUUGCUAAUGGACAACCCUAAGAAUUCAAUGGACAGUGUACCUAUACCUCCCGAGACGCCAGAGAACGUCUUCCUAAUUAAUUCUCUUUUCGAAGCUAAUAUAUGUCUGAAAAAACUGUUGCGCAUGAUCAGUAAUCCUAAAGAAUACGGUGGACCAAUGAGCAAAGAGAACCGGGUGGUUGUAUACGGUGAUUGUGUCGAAGCAUACAGCAGCAUUGCAGCUCUGCUAGAACUUGGGAUUUCGGCUGAGAUGAUAGUUUUCGUGGAGCCAUUCCCCUCAAUCGAGGAGCCUGCUCCAUUAAGAGUCAACUGCUUUAAUGAUGAGAUGAUCGAUGAAAGAGUACAGGCGUCUGUUGAGAGGCUAGGUAUUCACACGAUACGCAAAUGCCAUCUAGCGGCGUGGCAUCAAGUUGGGAACCGAGUGGAAUCCCUGGACUUCAUGACACCACUCACUGCUAUAUCACUGAAGUCCUUUGCACUGUUCUAUUAUGGAAUUCAAGCUAUCAAUUUGCAUGCGUUCAAAGCAAUAAACGAGAGCGGAUUAGUUUACGAUGGUGGUUUAGUGGUUAGUCCUACGUUUGAGACGAACGAUCCAUGCAUAUACGGUGCGGGCACUUGCGUGAGAUACUCACGCAGGUUGUAUGCAACACGGCGUCUACAUCGGGAUUAUUGCUCUGAGGACAUUGGAGAAGCGCUAGCAACACUAUUCUUGCAAAAGAUGGAUCCAUUCGUGAUGGGUGACCCAGAGAGGCGUGCAGCAUCAGAUCUUCUACCGAGAUUCAGCUCAACCAGUUUAGGGUUCAGAAGCAGCUUAAACAACAUCUCUGUCAGUUCACGGCCUUCCACGACUUCGAUUUAUAGACGUUGGCAACCAGUGAUGAAGUUUGAGUCGCCAAUAGUUCAGUCGGCCACUUUACCUGGACCUUUGUAUUAUAUGAAGCUUAGGAAACCUGGUAAGGAGACCCCCAUGGCUGUGCAGCAGCUAUUGCCACGACAGGGACACACUCUCAUAACGGACAAGCGUGACAACCUCUUCAAGCUGCAGCUGAACGUCCGGCAUCAGGUGGACGCCGUCACCUGCCUUUCGCACAAGCCAUUCUCCACGGAGAUAUUGUCACAACUAUAUGGGAAACACGAGGCUUUCUUUGGCAAGCUCUACACUAGAUUCCAGAAGAAACAAAUCGAUGAUUUCUAUGACUUCUUCACUCGUCCUUGGAUGUCAGCGUUGUACCAGGAGACCUUCACAGAUCUCGUUGAUGAUAUUAACCAUCAAGAUAUUGGCACGAUUUAUGAUCUCGUAAAAUCCAAGUUUGCUUUGUUCGAUCAAGACGCGGGGGCAACAAAGUCGAACCCCCUCAUGAAAGUACCUUCAGAUGCCUUGAUCGACUCCAGUGCCAGUUAUAUGAAGGAGCCGAGACAAGUGGGGACAUUCCGUGAAGUGAUUGAAAGAUUCCUUGCCACGCAGAGCGGGAUCAAAUUUGAUGCACAACAUCCGACCGAUAUGCCAACGGAGUGUGGCCAAGGCCAGGCCAUACGCAAAGAAGCGUCUGAAUUCUGGAAGCAUGUCGAUGGCGAGAGGAUUGUGAUGGCACACUUAGCUCGCUACUUGGAAACGCACGCCGUCACCAAUCCGCACUUCGCUAUACCCAAACCAGAGUGUACUUAGGACUUAGGUGGGUACUGUUGAUAUGGUACAGAGGUACAAUUUUUCUAUGAUGUGUCUUGUUUUGGUGGUAAUUAUUUAUUUUCCUUUCUGACUUUAUUUGUCUUCUAUCUUCUAUACUUGUCUAUUGUGAGACUUAUGGUGUGUAUCAUUUAACGCGUUAUCUCCAUAAGGGUGCGACGUCACCGAUCUGCAUUUUAUGAUCGCUUCAAAUCGAACUGUACUUAGAACUUCGAUUGUUAUUGACGUGACGAGGAUUAGUGCAGUGAUCUUUACGAUUUGUCUUUUUGGUGUUUUGGCUGCUGUCUUUUCGUCUUAUGUGUCUCUUUUGAAUUGGGUUUAAGUAGAUUUCGAAGAAACAAAUAUCGAGAUGGGAAUGUUGUCAUCAAUCAUUAUUUCACAAUAACCUAACCUAAAUACAUUUAGGGCUUAGGUAAAUAAUGUAAUUGAAAAAGCGUUUCUGUACGAUGCAGAUGUGUAGAUUCUUCUUUUAGGGGAAAUUUAUUUUGCUUCUUCCUUUCUAUGUUACUUUUUCAGUCCUUUCCUAAUGUGACUCUUUUACUUGUACAAGUAGUGUGGAAACGAACAUUUAUUAUAUCUCGAUUGGAUUGCUGCUGACCAUUUGCAUUUCGAAAUAAACAAGCCUGAAUGUAUUUAGGAUCUCCUUGACGCACAGAGAUUCCACCUUAAUGCAUUGGUUUGCGCGUUAUAUUUUGAUUUCUCAUCCGCAUCAUGAAAUCUGAACGAGUUUUUCUCCUUGAUCAGAUGUAUGAUGAAGUCUCACUUUGUUGCCUUUAAUCCUGAUUGUACUAAGUACAUGAGAAUACGAUACGGUUGUAACCACAAACUUUAUGUCGAUCAGAAUAGAAUCGAAUAAGAUUUUAUAAAGAUUGCUCUUCCUUUUACUGUGUAACCUUCAUCAAUGAAUCUCAAACUUGAUAGCUUGGUAUUAUGAUAUUCGUGUUAUCUCAAAUGGUUUUCAAUUAAAUGGACUUGGGUUGGAUUGAUGAAUUUGGAUAGAAACUCUAUUUGCUAAAGCCAGUUUACAUUAUAUUAGUUUUUCGGAGAGUGAUCUAGAUAGUGCACCUAGAGAGCUAAGUUCUUUUGGCGUGUGAUCGUACUGAACAAGUAGCGUUUUAAAUUUUCUA